AUGAUGCUUAGUCGGCUCUUGGAGCUCGAUGCAGAUGAGGCAAAAACGAGCUUCGCACACUUCGAGAAGAAACAGAGACGGAAACACUGCGUGCAGUGCCAAAAUCAGUACAUGCCGGAUGCCAACUUCUGCCGGAAUUGCGGGCACAAGCGCCCCAUCUUGGAAGAGAUGGAGGUGGACCAAAGUUCAAUGGUGCCUCUGAAGUGCUUCCUGGAUGAGCAUGGCAUGAAGCAUUCGGACGCGGAGUCCUUCAGCCAUGUCUGCAAUACGCUGGAAAAGGCGAAGAAGAAGAUUGCGGACGGAGACAGCUACAUGACCUUCGCCACCCACAACGCGCUGGACCUGGCAGUGGCUGAGGUGCUUUGGGGGCUCUUUCAAAAGCAGAAAUCCGCAGACCAGGCCUGGGAGGUUGUGGACGACGGAACGGUGGUUCUCUCCAAAGCCAGCUACAAAGAGUUGCAGAAAUUGCGGGAGCAUCCCAUGGAGUUGGUGGAAAAGGUUAGGGAGGCAAACAUCUGCCCGCCGCUGCUGACUUGCCACGCGGGCCGGCAGGGCAACCGCGAGCACUGCAUCUGGAGCGUGAACCAGAUCAUCGAGAAAUGCCGCAACGAAGGCACCAAGUACACAGAUCCCAACUGGAAUCUGCUGGAUGCGCCCGAGAAGGUGCUGUAUGUAGAUGGAGUUGGCCCAGGUUAUGACUGCACGGUAGCCAAGCCCGCGGGAUACAAGCGCAUCACAGAGAUCAUUGCUGAGCCGGUUCUCUUCAAGGGCGGUGUCAGGCCAGCGGACAUUAUCCAGGGCCAGAUUGGCACCUGCUUCUUCCUGGGCGCGUUGGGCGCAAUGGUGGGUGAAGACCCCGAGAACGUGCGGUCUUGCUUCAUGGCCUACGACAUGCAAUUGGGAGUCUACGGGGUCAGGUUCUGCCUGGAUGGUGAAUGGUACCACACCAUUAUUGACGACUGGAUGCCUGUGGAUGAGUACGGCCGUCUGCUGUACGCCCGCGCCUACGAUCAUGAUGAGGUGUGGGUUCCAUUGCUCGAGAAGGCAUUCUGCAAGAUGCAUACCUGCUACGAGAUGUGUGACGGGGGUUCACCUGGCGAGGCUGUCUCCCUUCUCUUUGGGGGCACUGUCGGCAAGUUUGCCAUUCGGGAGAAGACCCGGUCCAACCCCUCAGCGGCCACUGUCUACUUUGAGGAACUCUCUUCAACGCGCACAACAUGGGCUGGGUACUUUCCACCACCUUCACGAAGACUCGGUCAGCAGGAGGCUUGGCACAGCAAGGCAAGUGCGGCGAGGGCAUGA